AUGCCGCAAACUGCCACAUCCAUGGACGACGCGCCGCGACUCCCGGCGAGAGGAGGGAGUACGAAGAUUAGGCAUUUCGAUGGAACCGCAAGAAAGACGAGCGAUUGGGAUGGAUUACGCAGGGACUCACGGCUCUGGUUUGACGAUGCAGACUGCUUCGUCUAUUUCUAUGGGCACAGCGCGUCCCAGCGAGGCGCAAGUUUGAAGAUACCUCUCGAUGCUGUGGAAAAGCUGCAAAGCCGCUAUCUCAUGAAAAGCUGCUUGUACCUUCGACCGGCACUCGACAAUUACGAUCCUGGGCAGAAAUAUGUCCUUCUUCAAAACGAGUCCAAUCGCGAAGAUGCAAAGUACGAGCUGUACAUCCCCGCCCCGCCGGGCUUGACGAAGGACCAAGCCUUCUCCUACCACCUUACCACGCGCAACCUACUGGCCUAUGCCACGGGACGUCCAGUGGUCGGCGAGAAGUUGAGCGUGGCUCUGAUCAACUUGUGGAGGCGCCUCCAAGAUUGGCAAAUACCUACCCGUCCCGCCGAUUUCACCGCAUUCUUGGAAAAGCAAGGCUAUCUCGACUAUACCGAGAACCCAGAGCAUGCACUAGCUUGCUUGAAACUGGCCGACGACGCCCGCAUCCGCGACAUAUGGAUCGACUCAUUUGUCCAUUGCGUUGGCAUGCGCGAGCGGCUCGAUCUUAGUCCCGAGUACAUUGGGCUGAGCCACACCAUCGCUGCUUUGAUAAUGCGAGCGUCCCUGGAGAUGGACUUACAUAUUGCGCGAGUUGUCAAAGCCGUCGGCUCCUUCCUUGAGGACGAACUCAGCGCAAGCCGUGUCGGCCUUUCCCGGCCGCUGAGGGAUCAUCUCGACCUGUUUCGAAGCUUCUUGCAUGCUUUCUAUGUCAACAGGUUUGGAUACUUUCCUCCGCGAGCAACGAACCCGUGGAACAAACGGCCCUGGGCAAGCAUGAAGAACGACUUCCAAAACCUCUACGACUACCUCGCAGACACCGCAUCGUCAUCGGACGGGAUCAACAGCAAAGGCUUCACCGGCGGCUUUUGCGUUGUGCAAAACUUACAGUACUUCGAUGUCCAGCAUGGCUAUCCAUCGCUUCCUCAUCCCCUUCCGUUGCUGCCUCAAAUGCCCGUCAAGGUGAGGACACCCACCAGAGGAAUGCGAACUCUAUCGCUGCCGAGGACGGGUUCCGCCCGCGAACAAGUGGUGACAACGAAGGAGUUGCUCGCAACUGCGACCAACGGGCUGGGGUCUAAGGCAAUGUUGUCACCCCUGAUCCGAGAAUACCAGCGCUUUGAGAGACAGCGCGAAGCCUCUGGUACCAAACUCGAUGUCGCCGAGGCUCGAAAGGUUCGAUGGCUCCUGAUCUAUGGCGUGCUACAGAUGCUCAAAAGUAUCGUUGACGGGCCUGCCGAAGUCAGAGACGCGGAGACGGCUUCGUAUCCUCUCUGCGUUCUGACCCUGGGCGCUCCGGCUUGGGACGAUAGCGCCACUCCGCUCACGAGAGAGAGUGCCAUUCUCGCGAAGCAGCGAUCGAACGAGAAGAUCCUGGUUCCGGACGCCCUUGCUGCUCUGGAGGGCAACUCGUCAAGAAUCUCCAUUCACCCCGAUUGCGAGGCCGAGUCCGCACAGGAUUUCUUUGCCGCUGCCAACCUUUCCCGACGUGAUUCUGCCGCUAGUCUGCAAUCCCUGACGAACCCUCUCAAAAGGACGGCUUCCAUCCGGUCCAGCAUGCACUCAUCUGUUAAUGCCAUUCAGCGAUCGGUAGUGGGCAGUCUAACCAGACGCCACAGCAGUCGCCGAGCGAGCCUGACUGCCGAAGCCCAGCAAAGCUCUACAUUCUGCCAGGUUGUCAUCGAAGACUACGACGACGUUCUGAAAGCGCAGCAGGAGGCACUUCAAAGACUGGCAGUUUCGCCAUCUGAGCAGACGGGUGCAGCAGCGAAGAAUGCGUUUCAGGAGUUCGACUUCGGAUUCGUUGCAUCUGGUGGUGAGUCGAUCGUGAAUCGAGACUCGCUCGGGACACACGAAUCACCUAACAGCGCCGAUGAUGCCGUGACAAGCUUCCUCGAUAGCGAAAGUGAAGGGGAAAGCGAAGAGGAAAGCGAAAGCCCCGCGGGUAGCAGCAGGGGCUCGAACCGGUCUUCGCUCUACGAAGUCGACGAUGCAAGUACGCCUACCGAGCCCUCCUCUCUGGAGAGCAGUCGACGAGAUAGCGGCUCAAGCUUGUCCAAAAUGGUCGAGGAACCACGACCGCCCAAAGAUCAGCGACUGGUAUAUGAACCCAAGCCAGCCAGCGUCUCGGGCGUCAACGGCGGGACUUACAUGCCCAAGGGGAUGACAGCUGCGUCGAAGCAGCGGCGCUCACAUACGAAGAAGCCAAGCAUUGCGAGCAACGCGAGUUAUGCUAGCAACGCGAGCUCGGAGUAUGCCGCAUGGCCUGUUCAGGCGGCGGAUAUCGAUGAGGCUAUGGCAAAGCGGACUUGCGGGUCCACCGCCAUUCAGGCUCUUUCGAAUUAUGGAAUUGUCUUGGGGGAGACUAAUGUGUGGUGA